CUGUAAAGGACGAUGUGCCUAUUCGAAAUUCUGUAAUCCAGUCAACAUUUCGCACGGUGGAAAACCAAAUCGUUUGAAAAAUGUAGUGAUUUACAAACCAAGAAGUUAAAAAGGGUUGUCACAAGAGUCCAAUAGGUGUUUUAACUGAAGUGUGUCCAAAUUAAAGUACCUCACUUUGAAGGCAAUGGCAGACGGUUCUCCAUCACCUAAAAAGGUUCAUCCUGACAAUCCAGACCUAGAAAGUCUAAGCAAGGCUGACCUGAUAGUUAGGUUAAAGGAACAAGAGCAGUAUAUAAAACAGUUGGAAAGUAAAAAACCCAAACUUGACAAAGGUGAUGAUGAUGUGGACUGGACUGAGCGAUUGAAGCAGCAUCAACGAGACGCUGCCCGCCGGGAAAACACACUCGUACACCGACUGACCACAAAAGAGCAGGAACUCCAGGACAUGCUAACGCAGAUUGCAGAGAUUAAGCAAGCAGAGGGCACAACUCAACUGAAGUCUAUGCUUCUAGACCCAGCAGUCAACAUUGUGUUUCAGAAAAUGACGAAAGAAAUGGAUGAUGCACAAGAAAAACUGAAACAAACCCAAAACGAACUAAGUGCAUGGAAGUUCACCCCUGACAGGUGCAUAUCUCCCUUCCCUGCUACGGUAACUUUUGUAACUUAGACUGCUCGAGAAUUGCGAAGCUCGUGGGCGACACAGUGCCUGGAGCUCAGGGAAGGCGGCGUGAGGCGUCCCAGUGAUCCACUGGACGCAAGUUGACUCUCAAUAUGAGACUCACUGUCACGUCACUGUUCUCAUCAAGGGGCAUGAUGACGCUAGGGAUAACCGUGUGAAAAUAUUUUUUAUUUUGUUGGCAGAAAAGUAACAUUCAGAACAUUUCUAAACAUAUCUUUUGUGAGAGCAGGACGGUGACUGGUUGAUGUUGUGACUUGUUUUAAUUCUUUUAUCUUCCCUACUUUUAAAUUUAACCAAAUCUUGUUCGGAUGACAAUGAUCACAUUUGUACAUGAAAACAUGACACUUAAAAUCAGAACUUUGAAGACAUUCAUUUAUGUCCUUGCUUUUGAUGCAAAGAUUAAUAGCAGAAAUGACACUAUUCCAACAUAUAAUGGAGAAAGACCAAUUUUGACAAAAUGGUAUUGAUGUGUAGCUACAAAAAUAACAUGGAAACGGGUAAAUACAUUUUGUUUUUUAAGUUUUUAACUUAAAAUAUUUUGUUUUACAACUUGUUUUGAUUGUUAGAAAGAUCAUGCAUUUAAAAACUAAGAAAUGCACGUCAAAUAUUUGUAAUCCAGGGCCUUCAAUCUGCACACUUAGGGGCAAACUUUGAUGCCAUUCCCCUCUUCAGAAAUGUUAUCUUAUUCCCCCACGAGAGUUGAAACUUCCUUCUAAAUGUCCUGAAAUAUGAUAAUCAUAAUUUAAGACCUAUCUUUACAUAUUAUGAUAAACAGAUACAUGUGUGUAAAAAAGAGUGGAAUUUUUUAAAUAAAGUUUGUCUUAUUAUUGAUUUUAGUCAAAUAUUUCCCAUAUUGCUCAGAAUUGACUGUCUCUUUCCCCAAAAUGUAGAGUGGAGGCUCUGUAAUUAGAAUUUAUAUCUUCACAUAGUUUUCCAGCAUUUUCCUCUGGUACAAAUAAAAAAAUCUUUAAAA